AUGGCGCGGUUCAUCGCGAUUUUGGUGUUCAUCCUGGACUCAGUCAUCAGCGGGCAGAUAGUCGCGGUCAGGUUGACCUUCAGCAAGUCCGUUCACUGCUUUGGCAAGCCCGUUUACGUGGAGCUGUUCAUGGCGACUAAGCACCUUGAGAGCGUGCUGAGUGAACAAGAGGGCUGGCCAAUGUCGUUUUCUGUCAAACCCGCGCGCAGGGGUAUGGGUAGAACAGCUGGUAGGACGGUGGACCAGCGAACUGCCUGGGUCCGGGAAGGUAUUGUCUCCGGCCUUGCACGUGUCCGCCUUCCGGGGUGGCUGGCGGGGUGUCCUUGUCAACGAGCUCCGCUUGUACUCCAAGAAGGCAGUCCAGAGAAGGCGAGGGAGGUGCUGGAUCCGUCGCAGGCCGCCGCAAAAGGUCAGGCUACUGCAUAUUUGAAGCGCAAAGUUGAGACUUCAUACAGACGUUAG